AUGGAACAAAAUCUGAAAUUUAGCAAAGAUGAUGGUUUCCCACUUGCUGAUCCUUCUGUGUAUCGAAGAUUAAUUGGCAGGUUACUUUACUUAACCAUCACUCGCCCAGACCUUAGCUAUCCUGUGCAGACCCUAAGCCAAUUUAUGGAAAAACCAACCACAAGUCAUCUAGCUGCUGCACACAAGGUUUUGAAGUAUAUUAAAUCUGCACCUGGCCAAGGUUUGCCGCUCUCAGCUUCUUCUGAUUUGCAGUUAAUAGCUUAUUGCGAUUUUGAUUGGGCAUCAUGCCCAAACACCCGUAGAUCAGUCACUGGAUAUUGUGUGCUCUUAGGCCACUCUUUGAUUUCUUGA